GAUGUCAGGCUGGAGAUGGUGAAUCUGAUGCUUGGAUCUGGUCCCUGAGUCAAUUACAGGGUGGUGCAGUGGAGCUGGGAUGGACAUCGCAGGGUAAUUUUGGUGCUAGGUGGAUGGUUGGACUAGAUGAUCUUAGAGGUCUUUUCCAACCUUAAUGGUUCUAUGGUUCAGUUAGAUUCUAUUCAGAUGCUUGAGACCUUUCGUUUGUUGAAAGACCACGCAGUCCUGCUGAGGCGUUUCUUAGCGGUAUGUCGGAUUCUGCAAGGUGUUCAAAAUGGAACUGUGGUCCUCGCUGCCCUGCACCUUCUUCCUGUUCCCCAUGGGGUGUUGAGAUAUGAGAUUUUAGUGCCUUCCUCUUCUCCUUUCCUUCUGGCAUGGCUGUGCGGGCAGCCAACUUCUCAGAAACAAUUCAAAAUAAAUGUUUAUGUCGCCGAAUACAUGAAAGGGGAGAGGAACUUGCUCUGUGAUCAAGAGGUUGCAGCAUUAGCUGCCCUGUGUUGUACUGUUGAACUGGAGGGCUCAGCUCUCCUGUUUUUAUCUGUGUGGUGUAAGCUUGUGGCUUUUUGCGUUGGGGAGGGGCAGGCCAGAUAACCACCAGAGAUCCUUGCAACGAACUUUGUGGUUCCACCUGGGUCUCAGCCUGAGACAAACCCUUGAUUUCUUCCUCAUCCUUCCCUGAGAUGUAAGGCAGUCUUGGUGAAGAAAUUACAGAAUCAUUAAGGUAGGAAGAGACCUCUAAAGUCACCCAGUCCAACCACCAGCCCAUCCCCACCAUGCCCACCGACCACGUCCUCAGUGCCACAUCCACACGGCUCUGGAGCACCUCCAGGGACGGUGACUGCACCACCUCCCUGUGCAGCCUGUGCCGCUGCAGCACCGCUCUUAUGGAGGAGAAAAUUUUCCCCAGUAUCCAACCUGAAUCUCCCCCAGCACAACAUGUGGCCAUUCUCUCUCACCCUAUCACUGUUACCUGGGAGAAGAGCCUGACCCUCACCUCAUCACAGCCUCCUUUCAAGUCACUGUAGAGAGUGAUGAGGUCUCCCCGAGCUCCUCUUCUCCAGCCUGAACAACCUCAGUUCCUUCAGCUGCUCCCCAUCAGAGCUGUGCUCCAGACCCCUCACAGCUCCACUGCCCUUCUCUGGACACACUCCAGAGCCUCCAUGUUUUUCUGGUAGUGAGGGGCCCAGAACUGAACACAGCACUUGAGGUGCAGCCUUACAGUGCCGAAGAGUGGAAAGAGAAGUGUUACAGCAGCCCAUGUGAUGUCUGCUAUGGCGUUUGUCUUCACUGAUGACAACAAGCUCUCUUCCUCCAAAGACCUGCUCCAUAGUCCUCUCUGCUCGGCUUAAUCUGAGGAUCAGGAUGCUGAUUUGCUUUGUGAAAAGAAAUGUUUGUACAGAGAAAUAAACAUAUUGUUGAGACCCAGGCCUGCUGCAACGCCUGUAAACAAGAUCCAGCCCUCUGUGGGAGGCAGAAGAGAGAUUUAUGUGACCCUGAGCUAAGUGCAUUAGGAGGCUUUUGAUUUCAUUCCGGGAAACUGCCCCUCUUCGUGGUGCCAUAUGCCUGUUACCAGCACAGAGCCGUUACCCACGAUUUGAUUUGUGCGGAUUUAAUCCGAAGGGCUGCCGUGCUGCAGUCAGAAGGAUUACACGGGCAGGGGGUUGUCUCUGCGUGCCCGAGCCUGAGGUGCUCUGCAGAGCCCCGUGCCCUUUGUCCAGCCUGGAGGUGGGUGUCUGGGCUGAUCUGCUCCUGCCUUGGGGCAAGGCAUUGAAGAUCUCUCCGCCUAUCAGCGUUCUCCUCCUGAAAAUAAUAACAAAGUGAAGUGGCAGCGGGGGAUCCGGGCGGCACUGUGUGGAGGUCUUGCCUAAGUCUUGAAAGAGGAAAUGAGGAACAAAGGCAGAAGAGACAAAUAAAUAAGGGAUGAAGAUGAGACGCCAUAAGCUCUUUCUGACUCUCUGCAUGGCUGGUCUCUGCCUCAUCUCCUUCUUGCACUUCCUGAAGGCCCUUUCCUAUGUCACCUUCCCCCGGGACUUGGCUUCACUUAGCCCCAACCUCGUCUCCAGCUUCUUCUGGAACAAUGCCCCCGUCACGCCACAGGUUAGCCCUGAGCCGGGGGGCGCAGAGUUCCUCCGCACACCCCUGUACUCCCACUCUCCCUUGCUCCAGCCCCUGCCACCCAGCAGAGCCAGCGAAGAGCUGCACAAAGUCGAGUUUGUGCUGCCGGAAGACACGACGGAGUAUUUUGUCCGAACCAAAGCCGGUGGUGUCUGCUUUAAACCAGGUACCAAGGUGUUGGAGAAGCCACCAGCGGGAGGGCGGCCGGAGGAGCGUGUGGAUGGUGUGGCCUCGGGGCGGCCCGCUCGCAAGCCGCUGAGCGCCGGUGGGACCAAGCGGCGCAAGUGGGUGGAGUGUGUAUGCUUGCCGGGCUGGCACGGCCCCAGCUGCGGUGUUCCCACUGUGGUCCAGUACUCCAACCUGCCCACCAAGGACCGCCUCGUGCCACGGGAGAUUCCCCGGCGGGUCAUCAACGCUAUCAACAUCAACCAUGAGUUUGACCUGCUGGAUGUCCGCUUCCACGAGCUGGGAGAUGUGGUGGACGUCUUUGUGGUGUGCGAGUCAAACUUCACGGCCUACGGAGAGCCACGGCCCCUCAAGUUCCGUGAGAUGCUCCUCAAUGGCUCCUAUGAGUACAUCCGCCACAAAGUGCUCUAUGUCUUCCUGGACCACUUCCCUGCUGGUGGGCGCCAGGAUGGCUGGAUCGCUGACGAUUACCUGCGCACCUUCCUCACCCGAGAUGGUGUCUCUCGCCUCCGCAACCUGCGCCCGGAUGACGUCUUCAUCAUCGAUGAUGCUGAUGAGAUCCCAGCUCGUGACGGCGUGCUCUUCCUCAAGCUCUAUGAUGGCUGGACGGAACCCUUCGCCUUUCACAUGCGCAAGUCUCUCUAUGGCUUCUUCUGGAAGCAACCGGGCACCUUGGAGGUGGUCUCAGGCUGCACUAUGGGGAUGCUCCAGGCUGUCUAUGCUACCGAUGGCAUCCGUCUGCGGCGCCGUGAAUACUACACCAUGCCUGGCUUCCGGCAGUACGAGAACAGCACGGGACACAUCCUGGUGCAGUGGUCGCUGGGCAGCCCCCUCCACUUUGCUGGCUGGCACUGCUCCUGGUGUUUCACCCCAGAGGGGAUCUACUUCAAACUGGUGUCGGCCCAGAAUGGGGACUUUCCCCGUUGGGGUGACUACGAGGAUAAACGAGACCUCAAUUAUAUCCGGGAGCUGAUCCGGACUGGUGGCUGGUUCGAUGGUACGACGCAGGAAUAUCCCCCUGCUGACCCCAAGGAGCACAUGUAUGCUCCCAAGUAUCUGCUCAAGAACUACCAGCAGUUCCACUACUUGCUGGAGAACCCGUACCGAAAAGCGGAGGGUGCUGGUUGAGACCACUGGGUCUCACGUGGGAAAUCAGAACUUCGUGACAAAGGGAAAGAGUCGAGUGUUUGUCUGUUCCUUUCUUUUUUGUUUUCUUUGAUUCCAGGUGGGCUGUGCCAUUUCUCCAUGGUCUCCAUCCUCCCUCCCUUCUCUUCGUCCCAGGGUGAUGCCUGGGGACAAAUUCCUCAGACAAAUGAAGGGAGACCUGGGCAGGAGGAGGGGAGAGGUGUGGGACCUAUGGCGGUAGUAUAAAGACCUCCCUGCGUCUCCUGGACCUUUCUGCUGGCUGGAGAGAAUUGCUGCAUCCAGCUGGUGGGUUUUCCUCCUGGGGGGGCUGGGACGGUCCCCUGAGGAGAGAGGGCAGCUGUUCCCAUCCACCUUCAUCUGUUGUGGGUCGGAGCAAGCACAGAUGUGAGCCUGAGCUGUUCAUUGAGCGUGUGAGUCAGCAGGCACAAAGCGAUGCAAGGGGUCACGUGUGCAGAUGUGUGUCACAGGCAUUUUUUGGAUGAGUGAAUGUGCAAAAGCGUCUCAGUAUGCAUUUUUUUUUUUUUAAUACCUCUCUGUUCAAAGUAUUUUGGGGAAGGCAAAUCCUUUGCUUCCAGGUUGUUCUCCCUUACACGCUGCCUCCUCCCACAAAUUUAGUAUAUCUGUCCGGGGCUGUCUCUUGGCCUGAUGCUCUACCAGACCUGAAGCAGGCAGGUGGGAAGCAGGGAAGCAAGCAGAUUUUUUUCAUUAUUGUUCUUUUUUUCUUUCUGUUUACUCCCUUUUCACCCUGCCCCCACAAUGCUGCACUGGCUUGCUCCACAGGAGCUGAAGCUUCUUCCCUGCAGCAUGUACUUUGUUUGGGUCUGGGAUAAGCUGCAGGGGACUAAAUCAGAUGGUGGGAGUAUAUGUUUACAAGUGCAUGGUUUCCUAUGUGCAUGAGUGCUAACAUGCAUGGUUUUGAUAUGCACGUGGGUGUUUGUUACUGGUGUUGGGAGGGGAGGGGUCAAAGUUGGUCUUGGGUGGUGUGCGUGUUUUCAGGAGAUGGUGGGGUCCAUAAUCUGUGAUCUGUACUGUCACGGAUGACAUUUCGGGGAGAGCAUCAGCUCCACAUAGCAGGGUGUGCCAUGUGGAGCUGUUACAUGCCUCUCUGGCUGCCUUUCCACCCCUGUGGGCUGUGCCUGCUGCAAGGAUUCUGUUUACAUGUGCCGGCUAUUUCUUCUUGCCAUGGGGAAAAUGAGAGGAGAAGGGCAAAGCUCUGAGUCACCAAUGGGUGUUGUGGGGAAACACAAGGCAUGCCAAGGCACAGGACCCAUUGGGAGCUUGUGAAGAGCGGGGCUGUGGGUAGACUCCCUCUGAGACCAGAAGACUUUUCUGGAACAAUCAUGCAAUCCACAGCCUGGGCUGUGCAGAUGAAGCCAUGCAGUGUAGAGGAGAUGUAGGAUGACAUUCCUUGCAGCUGGUGGGCCAGUGUCCACACAGAGUUGGCCACUGAUGGGUAGCCAAGAUCUAGCCUGUUGCUGUAGUGGAUUGGUUCAGCUCAUUGAGGAGGCAGAUUGGCAGCUCCACUCUCACCACCCUUCCUUAGCAGAUGGCUUGACAGGGUGCCCAGAGCCCGCGCUGUGGUGGGAAGAGGGAGAAAAACAUGAACGUGCUCUGUUGGCCUUACAGAGGAAAUAUUAGCUCAUCUUCCAAACAAAUAAGUGAGGAUCAUGUGGAGGAGGAGAAUGUUGUCAUAACGAACAGUGACCAUCAGGCCAGCUAUGCUGGAGCAAGAGGGUUUCCAUUGACCUCAACUCACUCCACCAGGGCUUCAUAUUCCUGUGUCAUCCGGCCCAUUCUCUCCACUGUGCUCCAUUCCUUUCUCUGUGUCUCUCUUCUUCUAUUCGCUUCUCUAGGGAAGUGAAAAGCAUCAGGAAAGAUAAUUUGGUUCCCUAGGAAGAAUGAAAUUUGAACAGAAAGGUGACUGUCAUUUUUCUGAUCAAACUGAAUUGGAGUUUGUCUUAGUUCCAUCCCCCAUCUCACGUGCCAUAAUGCCUGCUUGGAAGAACUGAGGGAUCCCCUCUUUUCUUGUUGUUUGUUUGUUUGUUUGUUUGCUUGUUUUAAUUGUUAUUAUUAUUAGUUUUGGUUUUAGUAUAUAUGCGUAUGUUGCUGUUUCCCCUUGUGAUGUGUCUCCCAAGAAGAGGAAAGUCCCUUUGAGGACUGAGCAGGAGAAGGCUUGGUGGGUGGGAUGAUCUCCACUCAAAGAGAAGCUGUAGCUGUGCCAAACUCAGUCUUGUUGAUGCAAGAGGGGAUCUUGCCAUGGUCACAGGGAGGUCUUAGGCAGGAGGAGACUGUAGAGAAAUCAGCGCUCAGCUGAGAAAGGAGAAGUCACAUUUAGCAAGAUUAGAGCGAUAGCACUGAGACUGCUGCAUGAGAGCUUUCCCCAGGGACAGCCAGAGGAGAGCCCAGUGUAUUAACACAAGGGAUUUGGUAGCAGUAAUGUGAAAAAUAAAAAGGGAAGAAGCUAUUCCUCAUUUUUAAUCUAGGACCUAUAUUCAGGCAUUGCCUUACCUUAGUGACAGCAACAUAAGCCUCAGGUCAGGCAUUCCUGAAGACGAGAGAGAAGUCAGUCUUUGCAUGGGUGCUUUGGGAGCAGCAGAGCCCCACAAAAAAUGGGCUGAAGCACACACAUGCUGAGGGUGCACCACCCAUUCUGAAGUGGGAGCAGCCUCUCUGUUCCUACCAGCCCUUCCCAUACAUAGGCUCCUGCGGGGAUUUUUAGUGCAUUGCAAGUUGUGUUUUCAUCACUGGGGUAUGGUUUUUUGUCUCAGGAGAUUCAGAUAAACCCUAACUGCAGUUAUUAGCAUCUCCUAUUCCCAAAGUUCAGCUUGUUCCCUUCCCUCCCCUCUUCUCCACUAUUUGCUUCAUUGUUUCCCUCCUCUCCCUUCUGAGAAGGUCCCACUGGAACAGGCAGGAGCAGCGCUGGGGCUCUUCUGCACAGCUCUGGCCCUGUCCACCUCCUGGAUGUCUCCAUUUCCUUAUUCUUAGGAAAUCAAAUUUAAAACAGGCUUCCGUUGUGGAUGGAGGAAGGGAGUUCACAGCUGAAAUGCAUUUUUUUUUUCUUUUUCUUUCUCAAGAAUCAUCCAGUGUUUUGAUUUAAGGCCAAACCAGUUAAUGUUCCUGUUGUUUCUGUAAGCCCUGUGUUUAUUAUCCUUAGGGAGUUGGAGUGCUUGUCAUUAAAAAUCUUCCAUCGCCUCCCUUGAGGGAUGGGGACAAGCACGAUGACUUCUGCACAGUGAUUUCCCAAGGUGGUGGCUUGCCCUCAGCCACCCCUAUCUGAGCCAGACAGUGAGGUUUGGAAAGGGAAGAACUGAAAACCAAAUCCCAUUCUGCCCCGGGACUGGUUGUUGCAGUGAAGCCAUGAGCCCACUGCCUUUCUGGGACCAACAUUAUCUGUGGUUCACCAACCUUUCCCUGCAGCUGUGUGCUUUUUCUUCCCCAGAACCUUUCCAUCUUCAGAUUAAUUGGUGUCAGGGAAGGCUGGGUAGAUGAGGCAGCACGUGGCAUCCCUAUACUUUGUGCACCCCUAUAUUUUGCCCUUCUUUCUGCCCAACUCUGCUCAACUUCCUUUGUACCCAUGCGUGGCUUUGGGGUGGGGAGCUUCUCUCCCUCCUUCCUCCCAGGUGAAGGAGAGGAUGUGGGCUAAUGCCUCUGCCCCUCCAGGGGAACAAAGGCAGUGAGGUGGUACAGUACUCAGCAAGAGAUGGGUUGGGGUUUUGCCUGCAUGAAGGACAACACGCUCAACAGUCUGCUCUCACUAUUGCUUUCUCUGAUCCCUGUGUCCUGCUGAGGUGUUUGCUGUUGUGCAGCCUGUUCUUUGUGCCUCUGUGCUGGAUAGAGGAAGGGGACCUUGUGGCCUCCAGGUAACUUACGAGUCAGGGUGGGGGCAGUGUCAGUGCAGAACGGGUAUUCGUUCCCCUGGUGCCUCUUGGCGUGUCCUUGUGGGGUGGCAGUGUCUCUUCCUGUCCCACUGUUCCUGCCAGCACUCCGUGGCUGCUAUGCCUCUGCACUGUGAAGAUGUGUCGGGAGUCACUCCUGGUCCUGUUAGCGAACACUGGUGGUGAAGAGGGAAGGGAUGGCUCUUCCUGGCCUCACUGACCUCAAGCCUUGGUGAGAAGGGAGGGAAAUAUGGUAGAAUGGAUCUCAAAUCCCUCAAUUGCUGCGUCUCCCCUAUCCACCAAAAAAUCUCCUUCUGAUUUCUGAGACAUUGGACGAAUCUGCUCUUAUUGAAAAAGAGGGGGAGCUGGAAAUAUCAGGAGUGGCUUGAAUCCAGCACCAAGGAGAGCUGUUUCUGAUGCGAUAUACCGACAUCUAAAGCAUUGGGGACUACGGAUAAUGGCUUAAAAAGGGAUCUGAAAUGCUCUGAAACUAAGAAUCAAAGCCACUGUUGUUUUUUUUUCCUUCCUGUGAGGAUGGUGAUGCAGAAUCGUCCUGGAGGAGGCCCAGCAGCACUGCUGACACUGGGUUUCACCUGGACCUGCUGGUGGUGUUGCCACUCGGGUGGCCCCAGGACACUGUAUUGGCAAAAGAAUGCGUGGACUUGCCAAAAACAAUUUAAAAAAAAAAAAGAAAAAGAAGAAGAAAAAAGAAAAAAGAAAAAAAAAAAAAAGAAUCUGCAAAGCUCCUUUCCACUCUGUAAUUUAUAAACAGCAAGUAAUAAUGAACUUUUUGUAAGGAUAAAUCAAAUGUACAUUCUGAAAUCAUUUUCUCUGUAAAUGGUUGGAUUUCAUUUCACCCUUAAAGGGAUGCUUAAAAGGAGGAAAUAAUAAAAAUAAUAAUUAAAAAAAAAAUUACAAAGUCUGAAAGGAAACCAA